UGAAGAUUAUGAUGAGGUCCUAUUGUUUGCAGUAUUCCAAAGAUUGGGAUGAAGGUAUUCCACUACUCUUGUUUGCCCUAAGAGAAAGCGAACAAGACAACCUGAAGUUUUCUCCAUUUGAGUUAAUAUAUGGGCAUCAAAUUAGAGGACCAGUACAGGUUCUCAAAGAAGCUUGGACCGGGGAAGAAACGCCGACUUUUAGGAGCUCUCCUACCUUAAUGAAAGAACGCCUGAGCCUAGCUAGAGAAUUGGCUGCCGAAAACUUACGACAAGCACAGAAUAAGAUGAAGGAGGAAUACGAUCGCCGAACUAAACUUCGUUCAUUUGAACCAAAAGAUCAAGUUCUGGUUCAACGAUUUCAUCAGGGACAUGCUCUACAGCCCAAAUUUGAAGGUCCUUUAGAAAUCGUGAAGUGCCUAAGUGACGUGAACUACUUGGUAAGGACGCCGAAGAGGAGGAACUCACAACGGACGUAUCACGUUAACCAACUUAAACCCUAUUCAGGAAUUGUUUCUCCAAUUUCUACUAUAACGCCUCUGAACCAAGAACGGGUACAAGCAAGUUCGGAUGAAAUGAUAGGAGUACCAGUUCUUCUGAACAAUUCGACAGCCUUAAAGAAUUUAAAUUCUCUACUGAUAAAUCUGGAAGUGGACAAAGGACACGAAAUAAAAUCCCUGAUUAAGGCAAAUCUCCACCUAUUCAACGACGUCCCAAAACCGUGUACGUUGGGUGUGCACGAUGUUACUCUCAGAGAACCUACUCCAAUCAAGCAAUCUCCCUACAGAGUGAGUCCCAAGAAACAAGGUGAAGUCGCUCCUUUGAACGCCAAAGUAAAGGCCCUCUUAGAAUUUCCUACCCCUAAGGAUAGGAAAAGCGUAUCAAGAUUUUUAGGAGUUGCCGGUUACUACCGUCGGUUCUGUCCGAAUUUUGCACAGGUAGCUUUUCCCCUAACUGAAUUAACAAGUCCAAGUUUUCAUGGACCCAGGACUGUGAAAUUGCUUUUAAUUGUUUAAAAAUA